CAGAACUGAAGAGACGCUGUGAUCCUACACGAGGAGGUCUACAGGUCCAUUCUGAAUGCCGUGUCCUCGGCUGCCUUGGCUUCGCCGCCACCGAACCUCCCAGGGUUCUAGUCCUGGUUCCCCUAGUACCCUCUCUGCACCCAACUUCCCUAGCAGAGGUGAAGAUGAGGAUGCUGAAGAGGAGGAGGGCGAUGGCACCCCUGGCUCAGGCCCCAUCCUACCCCCUGCAUCUCCCAUGGAAUGUCUUAUCUGUGUGUCACCCUUCGACGGCAUUUUCAAGCUGCCUAAACGCCUGGACUGCGGCCACGUAUUCUGUCUCGAAUGUCUGGCACGCCUGUCGCUGGCUACCGCGGGUGGCGGCGAUGCAGUGGCUUGCCCCAUGUGCCGUGCGCCCACACGCUUGGCCCCGCGCCGGGGGCUGCCCGCUCUUCCCACGCAGCCCGGUCUGCUGCCUUGCGAUGCGCGCGCGCCACUGCCACGCCAGGGUUCUGUGCGCUUUGACCGACGCCGGGGGCUCCUGUAUCUGCGGCCACCACCGCCCUCUCCCGGGCCACGCAAGAGCCGCACAGUGCGCGCCCCACCGCCUCCACCCCCGCUGCGCCUCGGCCGCCCGCUGUCACGUCGCCUGUCCCUGAGCAGUCCAGCGUGGGCCUUCAAUGCGGCAGUGGCACUGGCUGUGCUGGUGGCUGCGGGUCUCGUGGUCUCUGGUGUCUACAUCUUCUUCCUCAUCCCUCAUGUCACCACCUCCAGCCCUGCGAGGCCUCAGAUCGUGGCGCUGGCCCCUGAAAAUGGCUUUUGGGUCUCACCGCGACCCACGCCAGUGGCGCCCUGGACCCACACCUGGACACGACGCCCCACAAAGCCUGACCUGGAUGAUACCCUGACAGAGACUACCAAGGACACGCCCGAGCUUGAGGCAACCAAGGGCCCAGUGGAGAUACAGGAGACCCCAGAUUUAUCACCGGAUCAAACACCAAACGCAGAGACUGACCUUAGCUGGGACCGGAAGGCUUGGACUGAUGGGAAGAGGGUGCAAUUGCAGCAAUAAAUGCCUCCCCGCUGCAGGCUCAGUCGCCUAUCCUGGGGACUUCUGUGGCAUUUUGGAAGGCAGUAACAAAAUGCAUACUAAAGCGCCCAUUUCUCCGAAUCGGGGACUGGAAGGACACGAACUCUCUCAAACCACGGUAAUUAUUCUACAAGAAUACUCUGAGAACAUCUGUAAUUCCCGUGACCAUCAGCUGAAGGUACUCUGGCCAUGACCUUAAUGAACGGCAUUCUUUUGUAGAUCUAGAUGGGGUGUCCCCAGUGCUCAGCUCUGUGGAAGUCCAGCCGGCCAGUCCCCGAGUGUCAUCUACACAGAACUGUGUCAGGGCACUGUAGCCUUGAUCUUGAUGGAAUGCUGUUAGGAGUACUUCGAGUUAUCACCAGCACGGCCCCCAGCUGGAAACAGUACUGGCCAGCUCUGGGGGCGCUGAAGGUCACUACAGGGCCUUGGGGCGCCCAUCUUGGGAGCACAAAACAGCUGUUCUGAUCAUGUGUCUUGCUUCCAAUAGCUAGUGUGUAAACUUCAGCACCUGCACACCUGACGAAAAUUCCAACUUGGAGGGGCAAGUGUGGCCUGGCUAGGGUUAGGGAGGGCCCUAACUUCUGGAGACUAGCUCCCAUUUGAGAAGUAAAUCCCAAACUGAUCUGAGAACUUCGACUUCUCCUCUGGACUUUGGUCUCUGGAUCUGACUCAAUAUCUUGUGGAAUAGUUGUGGUCAUCGGAGCUUAGAAAGCCAAGGCCAGGGUUGGGGAUUUAGCUCAGUGGUAGAGCGCUUGCCUAAGAAGCGCAAGGCCCUGGGUUCGGUCCCCAGCUCCGAAAAAAAGAACCAAAAAAAAAAAAAAAAAAAAAAAAAAAAAAAAGAAAAGAAAAGAAAAAGAAAAAAAAAGAAAAGAAAGCCAAGGCCUACUAUAGCUCAGACAGAAAUAUUCAAUAGGGGAAGGUCUGGCCCACCCUAGCGAACAUGAAAGAUGUUGUUAGCUACUCCUGGGUUCCAUCAGCUCUGCCUUCCUUCUGCCUCAGCUAAAGUCUAAGUCUUUCAAGUGUUUACGUCUGUAGAAGAUGGCUCCUCUCUUCCUCCCAAAUGCUUUAUUGGCUUAGACAGAGUUGGAGGAAGGCAGCUACUCUCUGCAUAAGCUGAUCAGAGGGCCCCCUUAAAACCACCUCCUACCUCACCCCACCUGACAUGAGACACUGUAUAUUAAGGAUGGGCAGAGUUUUCCAGAAUGAUAUGUGACUUGUAC